AUGACCGUCGAGGAUAAAAGCAUCGACUUCAAAUCCGGGGACUAUGAUCCCAAGACGACCUUCAAGGUUGAGCCAGCCUCCGACUCGGCGUCCUCGUCAUCUCUUGAGGAGCACCGCGGCGAGGUCAAGGUGAUCGAUAGCACGUUCGAUACCACCGAGGACCCUCGGUUUUAUAAACCAAAGGAGGACUACGAGGGGUACCAUCGCUGGGACCCCAACUUCGACUGGACCGAGAAGGAGGAGAAGGACGUCCUCAAGAAGAUUGACUGGCGCAUCUGCACUUUCGCCUGUAUUACUUUCUUCGCGUUACAAUUGGACCGAUCCAACAUUGUGCAAGCCACAUCCGACACUCUGUUCAGUGAUAUUCGAAUCACCCACAAUGACUACAACACCGGCCAGACCAUCUUCUACGUGGUAUUCCUGUGCGCCGAGAUGCCCUCCCAACUCAUCUCCAAAUGGGUCGGCCCCGAUCGCUGGAUCCCCGUGCAAAUGAUCAGUUGGAGCAUCAUUGCCGCCUGUCAAGCCUUCAUCCAGAACAAAGGCGGCUUUUUCGCCUGCCGCGCCAUGCUCGGUCUGCUCGAGGGUGGUUUCAUCCCGGAUACCAUUCUCUUCCUCUCCUUCUGGUACAAAUCCAAGGAGCUCCCGAUACGCCUCAGCUACUUCUGGGUCGCCUACGAAGCGACUUCCAUCGUCAGCGCCUUUCUCGCCUACGGGUUCCUGCACAUCCACAACUCAGAAGGUACGGGUGGCUGGCGCUACCUCUUCGCCUUCGAAGGCAUGAUCACGGGGCUCAUCGGCAUCGUCGCCAUCUUCUGGAUGCCGGCCUCGCCGACCCAGACCCGCGGCGGGUUCCGCGGCAAGGACGGCUGGUUCACCGAGCACGAGGAGAAGAUCAUGGUCAACCGCGUGCUGCGCGAUGACCCAUCCAAGGGCGGCAUGCACAACCGCGAGCCGAUCACCCCACGGAUGCUGUGGCAGGCGCUGAAGGACUACGACCUAUGGAUUAUCUACCUGGUGGGCCUGGUGUGGAUGAUCCCCAACACGCCCGCGACGAACUACAUCAGCAUCCAGUUGAAGGCGCUGGGGUUCAGUACCUUCCAUACGAACCUGCUGACGAUCCCGGCCUAUGUCGUCUUCAUCUGCACGCUGUUGGGUAUUACGUGGAUCUCGGAGCGGUUCAAUGUGCGGUUGUUGCUGGGGGUGGUGUCGAUGGCGUGGGCGAUGAUCCUGUUGAUUGCGCUGGAGACGCUGCCGGAUAAUGCCUCGCCGUGGGUGCGCUGGGUGCUCAAUACCCUGCUGAUCGGGUCGCCGUAUGUCCAUGCCAUUCUGGUGGCUAUCACGUCGAGGAAUGCGGGGACGGUGCGGACGCGGACGGUGGCGACGGCCCUGUACAACAUGAUGGUGCAGGCGAGCAAUAUCAUUUCCAACAAUAUCUACCGGGACAAUGACAAGCCGUAUUACCGCGUGGGAAACAAGGUGUUGAUUGCCUUGGCGGCUUUUGCUAUGGUUCUGUUUGUAGUAGCCAGAUUCUAUUACGAGUGGCGCAACAAGAAAAACGCUGCGAUUUGGGACAAAAUGUCCAGCGAUGAGAGACAGCGCUAUGUCGCUGAGAACAAGCACCUGGGCAACAAGCGGGUUGAUUUCCGCUUUGCCUAUUAG